AUGGAGGUAGCAAAAGCGGAGGAAUCCACUGCUCCUGUAGCAGAGUUCUCGAUACAAGCGCUGAGACUCCUCUCGAGAUCCCUCCUCUUCCUUUCCACCCACUCCACCCACCCUCUCUUCGGCAUCCUCGCUGCCGCCUCCCUCCUCGUCAUCCUAUACCUCCCCCGCUCGCUCCUCUCCCUCGUCCUGUCCCCCGUUCCCAUCUCCACAUUCUUCCUCCUCGCUGCCCUCCUCCGCCACGGCUCCCCGCCGCUCAAGUGCCCCGCUGCUGUUGCCACCGUCGAUGACGAGGAGGAGGAGCUUACCUCACUCUGCCCGGAAACCAAGGCGGAAUCCUCCUGUUACCAUCAAGAAGUUAUCUUUAGCAAUAAUUUCAUCAGCUGCGGACGGAGGAGCAGGCCGCUCGAGAUCAUAUACGAAGAGUACGAGGGGGAGGAGGAGGAGGAGCGCGGCGGCGGAGGAUCGCACCAGUACCGGGGCUGGCUGCAAAAUGCCGACUUGGAAAGCGUGAGACUCGGGUCUCUCGGGUUCACGUACGCGGAGGAGGAGAAGUGGGGCGACGGAGGCUCGGAGGACUACCGGAUGUGGCCGCAAAAUGCCGACUUAGGAAGCAGGAGAGCGGGGCCGAUCAGGUUCGCGUACGGUACCGAUUCCGACACCGAGAGCAACGGUGGCUCGCAGGCUGCGUCGGAGGCGGAGGGGUCGAGCUCGCCGGAGGAACACCGGCUCAUGUGGGAGGACGACGAGGACGGGGACGACAUGAUCGAGAUCGAGCUCGAGCUCGAGGAGGAGAACAUGAUCGAGAUUGAUAUCUCCGGCGGCCGGUGA